AUGUCAGUAAACAACAAAGAUAAUAGCCGACGCGGUAACAUUUAUAAUGAUAAAGUCCUUGUGGGGAAUUGGUACGAAGAAAGACUCGAUGGCUAUAUGCCACUCCAAGACGGCAAUAAGGAUUCGGAAUAUCAAAGGGAAUACCGUGCUCGAGUUUUGCCAAAAAAGGAUGAAAGCACUUUGUGGAAAACCCGGAUCAGAGCAUUGGGGUUGCCGAUUAUGUUAAUUCGAGAACACGGGAUCCGAGGCGGUUACCGCAACAACCUGUCGUCGCUUUACGACUUGAACUGCGCCAUUGCUUAUCACGAAAGACCGGAAAGACGUUUCAACACCGUGGCCAACACUUUUGUGCCGGAACAAGACUUCACCGCCGACCACGGACCGGGCCGGAACGAUUUGAUAGGCCGCAAGUUGGCUGCUUGGGCCGAGGACAAGCGCAUUACCGACGGUGUCGAUCCUGCCACCGAAUAUCAAUGCUGUUUCACCAGUCAAAACGGCUAA